AUGGUUACAUACACACGAAUCCAUCCAAGUGCUAGCAAGAAAAUUAAGCAAACUGGACUUGUUCAUAUACGCGGAGUGCUAGAGGUAACGAGAGAAAUAGUUUACUGCUCCAGCGGCGCCGGAGCGGCCGCCAAGGAGGACGCCGUACAGGAGGAGGUGGCCGCGCCUAAGGUAGUCGUGGCGAGCAAGCAAGAAGCAGAUGUUCGCGAGUCGCCUCGGAGUUCCAGGGUACCAGGGUUGAAGGCGGCGCCGGAGGUGUCGGCGGCGAGCCUCGGGCUGGGCGCGGGCCUGGUGCUGCUGCUGUCCAGGGGCGCGGCGGAGCUGAGCAGGAUGGCGGAGCUGCGCGCCCAGAUGGAGCGGCUGGUGAUGGACGUCAGGGCGGAGGCGCGUGGCAGCACCCGCUCCGACUUGUCUGACGGCGGCCAUGUCGACGACGGGGCCAGCGUCGUCAAGGAGCGCAUCAUCUUUAAGGACGCCGGCGGCGAGGACGCCCCGUUGUCCCGUGGUUCGCGCGAUGCCGCCUCGGCGUGCGGCGAUGCCGGCGUUGGAGAUGCUGUCGCCGCGAUGGAUCAGAUGGAAGCGGAGCUCGAGGCGGAACUGACGCGCCUGCAGCUCGACUCCGACGACGGCGACGGGGAGGAGGAAUGCGUGAGACCGCGGCGAGAUCACCAGCUCGAGGUACCAGCGACGUCUCCUCUCUCCUCAGAGAGCGGCUCCCCUGCUUGCGUCGACAUCGACGGUGUACUCGACGCCGCCGCAAUAGAAUGCAAGGAACACCAAGACAGCAAGGAGGAGGGGGAGGAAGACACCGACGAGGAGGACGAAGAGAGCAAGCCGUGCCACGGCGGCGUGCCGGCGCGGGUGCUGGAGCGGAGGCUGCACGAGCUCCUGCAGUCGCGGCACGAGGAGCGGAUCGCGGAGCUGGAGACGGAGCUGCAGCGCGCGCAGAGGAAGCUGCGGGACAAGGAGCGCGAGGUGUCGCGGUGGCGCGACACAGCCAAGCUCGUCUCCAGCCGCAAGGACGAGUCGCUGCUCAGGUAG